AUGUUGAGAUUUUUUUAUAUUAUAUUUUUUCUAUGGAUAUUUAAUGGUUUACAAUCAUUUUUCUAUGAUACAGAUCCAUUUGGAUUUGAUUGUUUAUAUUAUUUUUCACCUGACUCACAGUUUUCUGAAAUAGUUAAACAUUGUAUUCGUCCAAAUAACGACAAGAAUUUGACAACAGUAGUUUAUUUUAUUAAUAUAUCUGAUCAAUCUUUUACUUUCAAUGAAUUAUAUCAUUUGAAUGUUACCUCAAAUGAAAUUCUUCGAUGGUCGUCAUCAAUUGAUGUUGCUGAACAAUAUCAAUAUUAUCUCGAUCAACCAUUUGAAUCUAAUUUAUCGAAUCAAACUUUUUUUAAUUGUACACGUCCAUGGUCUGGAUCUCGAUGUCAAUAUGCAUUAGAAUUAAACGAAGAUGAAUUAGUCCAAAAUUCAUUUAAAAUGACUUUAACAAAUAAUAUGUUUCGACAAACGUGUUACAUUCUAUUAUAA